GGAGAGUGCCAUCACCCUUAGGGGUUCCUUCUCCAGACAUGCUCCCUGAGGGGGGCUCCCUGUGGCUACUGCAGCUGCUCCGGGACAUCCAGCUGUCCCAGUUUUACCGGCCCAUCCUUGAGGAGCUGAAUGUCACUCACCCAGAGCAUUUCAAUUUUGUUCGGCCGGAGGACCUGGACAGCAUUGGCAUGGGCCGCCCUGCCCAGCGCAGACUGGCUGAAGCUCUGAAGAGGCACCGUUCAGGACUCAAGUCUAAGAACUGGGUCUACAAGAUCCUCGGGGGUUUUGUCCCUGAGAAGAAGGAGACCACCCUACCCUCAGACAGCCUUUCAUGCCUCCCUGAGCCUGAGGCGGGACUCAAGUGUCUGAUCCCAGAAGGUGCUGUGUGCAGAGGGGAGCUGCUGGGCUCAGGCUGCUUUGGUGUGGUGCACCGAGGGCUGUGGACGCUGCCCAGUGGCCAGAGUGUCCCAGUGGCUGUUAAGUCCCUCCGGGUAGGUCCCGAAGGCCCCGUGGGCACAGAGCUGGGGGACUUCCUGCGAGAAGUGUCGGUCAUGAUGAACUUGGAGCACCCACACGUGCUGCGUCUGCACGGCCUGGUACUGGGCCAGCCUCUGCAGAUGGUGAUGGAGCUGGCACCACUGGGCUCCCUGCACGCGCGCCUGACGGCCCCAGCCCCGACACCCCCUCUACCCGUGGCCCUGCUCUGCCUCUUCCUGCGGCAGUUGGCGGGGGCCAUGGCGUACUUGGGGGCCCGCGGGCUGGUGCACCGAGACCUCGCUACGCGCAACCUGCUGCUGGCUUCGCCGCGCACCAUCAAGGUGGCAGACUUCGGGCUGGGGCGGCCGCUGGGCGGCGCCCACGGCCGCUACGUCAUGGGCGGGCCCCGCCCCAUCCCCUUUGCCUGGUGUGCCCCAGAGAGCCUGCGCCAGGGAGCCUUCUCUUCUGCCUCGGACGUGUGGAUGUUUGGGGUGACGCUGUGGGAGAUGUUCUCCGGGGGCGAGGAACCCUGGGCCGGGGUCCCUCCGUACCUCAUCCUACAGCGGCUGGAGAGGGACCGUGCCCGGCUGCCUAGGCCUCCGCUGUGCUCCAGGGCGCUCUACGCCCUCGCCUUGCGCUGCUGGGCCCCCCACCCUGCUGACCGGCCUACCUUUUCCUACCUGGAGGGGCUGCUCCAAGAGGCCUGGCCUUCUGAGGGACGCUGUGUGAGGGAUGUCACAGAGCCAGGUGCCUUGAGGAUGGAGCCUGGGGACCCCAUUACCAUCAUCGACGGCAGCUCCUCUUCCUACAGCCCUGACUCCACAACCUGGAAGGGCCAGAACGGUCGCACCUUCAAAGUGGGCAGCUUCCCAGCCUCGGCAGUGACGCUGACAGACUUGGGGGGCUCACCAGCCACCCGUCCAGUCCACAGAGGCUCACCUGCCCAGGGAGAGCGACGCCGGGGAAGCAUAGAUGGGGACAGAGAGAAGGUAAAGCUUCGGGAUCUACCUGCAGCGUGGGGCCAGAGAAGGAACAUACCUCUGCAGAAGAUGAAAGGCAUUUCCAAGAGUCUAGAGUCAGUUCUGUCCCUGGGCCCUCGCCCCACAGGGGGUGGUUCGAGCCCCCCUGAACUUCGACAUGCCAGAGCUGUGCCCCAGGCACCCCCAAGCCUGCCUCCACGCCCGCCUUUUGCCUCCAGCUCUUCUCAGCCCAGCCAGCCCCCCAGGGAGCGGCCUCCCUGGCCCAAAAGAGAACCCCCACACAACCACCCCAUGGGAGCACCUGGAGCCAGUAAAGCCACUGUCCCCUCUGGAGGUCUCUUUGCCAACCCUGAGUUUCAGAGGAAGAUUAUGGAGGUGGAGAUGAGCGUGCAUGGAGUCACCCACCGGGAGUGCCAAGCGGCGCUAAGAGCCACUGGGGGAGAUGUGGUUUCUGCCAUCCGGAACCUUAAGGUAGACCAUCUCUUCCAACUGAGUAGCCGGUCCAGAGCUGACUGUCGGCGCAUCCUGGAGCACUACCAGUGGGACCUCUCAGCUGCCAGCCGCUAUGUCCUGGCCCGGCCAUGAACUCUGCUUCCUUGAGCAUGGACACCAGCAUGGAGUGCCUAGCCUCUCAGAACCUGGGCAUGUGGGACCAAGCAGAACCAGAACAAGGUCCUGACACGGGCAGACUUUCACACCUGGGGAGAUCUCAUCUGCUUCAGGGCACUGUAGUAGGAUACAGGAGCCCGGGGUCAGGCACUGAUGAGUGUCUCCUCCUAACCCUGCCCCUUUGCCUCUGAGGGCCAAGCUCCCUUGGAUGGGCCAAGAAAGAUCUAGUCUACUCUGCCCACCACUUUCCCAAACAAGAGGAGGACUUGGAGGAAAAGAGCUGCCAUACAUCAUUUCCAGAGGAAGCUUUGACUCACUACAGAGAAUGAUCAAGUGGCCGUACUGGACCAUGGGAACAGCCAGCUACAACACUGGACUCUGGGGCAGCAAUCAUGGAUGAUGGAAGCAACCAUACUGACUUAGGGCACGUGGCCUAAACUGCCUUGGUUUGGUCCAGGGCCAUCAUGGGUGAUGAAAUUUGUUCUCCUGGUCUUAAGGACAUUUGAUCCAGAUAGCGUGGGUUAGGAGACAGGCCAGCCUUUGCCCCAGCCCUAUUUCCCUUCGUUUUUUCCCACAUCAACUCUUUCUUCUACCCUCCACGAUUACACACAUCUUCCAAUGUCCAAAACGUUACAAAGUUUAUAUGAA